AUGGCUCCAAAUACGUUUGCCGAGAGAUCCACAAUACUGCCGGUAUUUCCUUUAGAGCUGUGGGAUAUCAUCAUUGAAUACCUACGCGAUGAAGAAUCUGCCCAACAUCUGAGUCGACUUGCUCAAUCAUGUGUCACGCUUUAUGAAAGAAUUAACCCUCAACUCUACACCUCUGUCCGCCUGUCCAAUCCAGAAAGCGGUGCUCGUCUUGCUCUCACGAUAGAGCAGCGCCCAGAUCUAGCACCGCUCAUCCGUGAGAUUCGACACAAGCAGGAUGCUGGGCAAGAAUUCUGGUCCCAUCGUCAUUUCCAAUUCUACAAAACGGCUGUACUUUUACCGAAUUUGGAGAAGCUGAGUUUGAGAAAAAAUCCCAGACCCUUUGAUUCUACUAGGUGGCGCAGUAAAGUUGCUAGGGAUGAGGCUAUGUUGCAAUGGCUGGGAAAGAUUGCCACUGGAUCAGCCACCGUUAAAGAGUACCGAGAGUUGGGAUUUGGGCCUUUAGGAGAAUCAUCGUUUAGUCCUCCGGAUGACGAGCUAGCUCACUUACGAGGCCGCGUGGUUGGAACCUUGUUCUUGCACGCCUCCCUUGCAAACCCGCCGGGUCUGCCCGCUCUCCGUGUUUGUCAUAUCGGAAGCGACUAUAAUCAUGACGAGAACAAUGCCAAGAUGGACGGCACAUGUCUGCCCCUUUUCAAUGAGACGCUAUUCCGUCAUCCAGGUUUACGAAAACUCUGUAUUACUGGUGCUACUUUCCAGUUUACCAAGCCUGACAUUCCACCAAAAACCACAUCGUCACCUCUGGAGGAACUUACCCUUUUGAACUGCAUCAUAAACCCAGGGGAUCUCGAAACAGUACUCGAUUAUCCAGAAGCCUUGAAGCGGUUUACCUUCAGAGGCCCUAGGUCGCAUUUGGUAGACCUCGGGGAAGAACCCUUAUGUUAUGUUCACUCCACGCUCGCACACGAAGAUACCCUGGAAUACAUGGAUUACGAUCUUUACUGGGGCGGUGAUGAGGAGGCAGAUUUCGGUGAACUAGUUUCCCUCAAGCAUCUCACAACAACUCUCGCCACACUUACAGGGAGGGAAUGCAUGGAACUGGAUCCCCUUGAUGAUACUUUGCCGCCAAAUCUCGAGAGUCUCACGAUACGAUACGAUGAAGUGAAGGCAUGGCUUCCCUCGGCUAUCUAUGAGAUGGUGAAAGAUAAAAAACUCGCAAAGCUGCGUCGCUUUACCUGCGAGGUACCGGAAAAUAUGGAACAGCUUCCAUCAAUCAAUAAAGACAAGGUCAACCCCUCCGCCACCGAGAUAUGUCAGGAGGGUAACACCUGGAAAAGCAAGUUCGCAGAGCUGAAUGUGGAGAUGUCCAUGAUCUCCGUUCCUUACCCGCCUGAACUGCCCAGAUACAACGUGUGUGCUUGCGAAUGCCUGCCCUUUUACCACCGGAUGUCCUACCACCCGAAAAAACCACUGCUAACUCCUUGGGAGGAAAACGAGGGGGAGGAGGACGUGUUCUUUGAUGACUGGGCCGAUGUUGAUGAUGAAUUUGACCUUGAUAUGCUUAUGGAUGAUCUUGCGGAGGAGCCUGGAUCUGACGCCUCGGCUUGA